UGUCCACACAGUGAUGGUGCUGAAGCUGUACAAGAUGGCUGUGUGUUGGGGAGUGGAGAGCUGAGAGCGAAACGGGGAAAGAGGCUCGAAUUUAGACCGACACUCAUUCAAAAAGAGAAAGCAUCGUGACCCUGACGUUCACUCCGGCUUUGUGAACUUCCAGCUUUAUUGUUUGUUUUUUUAUCGUAACGAGGUCCGGCAGCUUGUGCCAACGGCGGCUGGCUGCUUCCUCUCCAGGAUUGACUCCCAAGCUGCACACUGCAUAGAUUAGCUCUAUUAGGAAGCUGGUGAAGAGCCUGGACCCUGUCAGAAAGGCGCGCAUAAGAAAUGUCAUUGCUGUGCGUUGGAGUGAAGAAAGCCAAACUUGAUGGACCCCAAGAGAAAUUUAACACAUACGUGACGCUGAAGGUGCAAAAUGUCAAGAGCACCACCAUCGCUGUGCGCGGCAGCCAGCCGUGCUGGGAGCAGGACUUCAUGUUCGAAAUAAACCGCCUGGACCUGGGCCUGACAGUGGAGGUGUGGAACAAAGGGCUGAUCUGGGACACCAUGGUGGGCACCUUGUGGAUCCCCCUGGACAGCAUAAGGCAGUCCAACGAGGAGGGGCCCGGUCAGUGGCUGACCCUGGACUCCAACGUGAUCAUGGCCGAGAACGAGAUUUGUGGAACCAAAGACCCGACAUUUCACAGGCUGCUACUCGACACGCGCUUUGAAUUACCACUAGACAUUCCGGAGGAAGAGGCCAGAUACUGGGCCAAGAAGCUCGAACAACUGAAUGCCAUGAGAGAUCAAGACUACGCCUAUCAGGAGGAACAGGAGCGACCGCUACACGCCCCGUCGACACAAUGCUGUAAUUGGAGUCUGUGGGGGGAUCAGCAAAACGACGACCCGGACAGCGCCGUGGACGACAGGGACAGCGACUACCGCAGCGAGACCAGCAACAGCAUCCCCCCGCCCUACUACACCACCUCCCAGCCCAACGCGUCCAUGCACCAGUACCCCAUGAGGCACCAGCACUACCGCAACGCCUACGGCGACGACGUGCACGAGCUGGACUACGACCACAGAGCCAUGAGACGCUAUGAUAGUUUAGACUCAGCCACCAACGGGCGCAGCGACGGCGACUCAGGCUCAGGGUCGAGCCGGCGCACCAGCCGUCAGUAUUCUCUAGACAGUAGGCAUUCACUGUCCGAUAGUCCCACAGACAGCCGCUACGCCUCGUCGGGCGAGCUGAGCCGCGGGAGCUCCCAGCUCAGCGAGGAGUUCGUGCCCGAGGACGACGAGAACGACUCGUACCACUCCUGCCACUCGUCGGUCAGCUACGGCAAGGAGGACUCCCCCGGCUGGGACGCCGACGAUGCCCAGGGCGUCUACAGCGACGAAGGUGGCUACCUGAAAGACGGGGGGGAGGAGGGGGCGUUGUACGACGAAGAGGAGGGAGGCAUGUACGGGGAUGAAGGCGGGUACAACUACGAGGAUGAGGAGGAGAUGCCGUACGAGGAGGAUGAAGACAUGUAUCCACUGGACGGCGCUCUGAGCGAGGACCAGGAGCCGCCCUACACCCCCACGCCCACGAGCACCGCCGCAGGGUGGGCCCUGAUGCCCGGCGCCGACGGCCUGUCCGCCGCCAGGCCGCCGCUGGAGAAGCAGCCGUCGCUGCAUCAGCAGCGGCCGGCCCAAGAGCAGGCCCCGCCCCCCGGCGCCGCCCCCGGCCUGCUGUCACAGGACGACAAGCCUCCCUUCAGCUCAGAUUCCCCCAAAGCCCCCUUCACGCCCACCCAGCCCGACCUGUCCGCCUCCACACCCACUCCCACCACGGCGUCCCAGCUCCCGGCUCCAGACUCCAAGCUGCUGGAGCCGGAGCCCAAAGCGGAGGUGCCGCUGGACGAACGCCCGCCCCCGGAGCCGGCGGCGGCGGAGGGCGCCCCCCCCGCUGCCGAGGAGAAGCCAGAAGAGGCUCCUGUUUCACUGUUCCCAAAGAGAGAACUGAUGGAGCCCGGUCACGCCAGAGCCAAGGCCAACUGGCUGCGCCUCUUCAGCAGAGUGCGACUGCAGCUGCAGGAGGCCCGAGGAGAAAGUGUUGGCAUCGCCUCUCUGCUUUUAUCCGCAGGGAUGGGUGGCGCUCUGUAUAGCAUCGACAGCAUGCCAGACCUCAGGAAGAGGAAAGCCAUGCCGCUGGUCAGAGAUCUGUCGUUGGUCCAGAACUCCAGGAAGGCAGGCAUAACCUCAGCCUUGACAUCCAGCACCCUACACAACGAAGAGCUGAAGAGCCACGUCUAUAAGAAGACCCUCCAGGCGCUCAUCUACCCCAUCUCCUGCACCACGCCGCACAACUUUGAGGUGUGGACCGCCACCACCCCCACCUACUGCUACGAGUGCGAGGGCCUGCUGUGGGGCAUCGCCCGCCAGGGCAUGCGCUGCACCGAGUGCGGGGUCAAAUGUCACGAGAAGUGUCAGGACCUGCUCAACGCCGACUGUCUGCAAAGGGCAGCGGAGAAGAGCUCCAAGCAUGGCGCCGAGGACCGAACCCAGAACAUCAUCAUGGUCCUCAAGGACCGCAUGAAGAUCCGUGAGAGGAACAAGCCGGAGAUCUUUGAACUCAUUCAGGAGGUGUUCGCCGUCCUCAAGUCCACACAUGUCACGCAAAUGAAGCAGAUCAAGCAGAGCGUGCUCGACGGCACCUCCAAAUGGUCGGCCAAGAUCAGCAUCACAGUGUUGUGCGCCCAGGGUUUACAAGCCAAGGAUAAAACCGGAUCCAGUGAUCCGUACGUCACCGUCCAGGUGGGAAAAACCAAGAAGAGGACCAAGACCAUCUACGGCAACCUCAACCCUGUGUGGGAGGAGACCUUUAAUUUUGAGUGCCACAACUCCUCAGACCGCAUCAAGGUGCGCGUGUGGGACGAGGACGAUGACAUCAAGUCCCGCGUGAAGCAGAAAUUCAAGCGCGAGUCGGACGAUUUCCUGGGUCAAACGAUCAUCGAGGUCCGAACUCUCAGCGGAGAGAUGGACGUGUGGUAUAACCUCGACAAGCGAACAGACAAGUCGGCCGUGUCCGGGGCCAUUCGCAUGCACAUUAAUGUGGAGAUCAAAGGGGAGGAGACGGUCGCCCCCUAUCACGUCCAGUACACCUGCUUACAUGAAAACCUCUUCCACUACGUGACGGACAUCCAGAACAAUGGCGUGGUGAAGAUCCCCGAUGCUAAAGGAGAUGAUGCAUGGAAGGUUUAUUUCGAGGAGACUCCCCAGGAGAUUGUAGACGAGUUUGCCAUGCGCUACGGCGUGGAAUCCAUCUACCAGGCCAUGACCCACUUCGCUUGCCUGUCGUCUAAGUACAUGUGCCCAGGUGUGCCUGCGGUGAUGAGCACCCUGCUGGCUAACAUCAAUGCCUACUACGCCCACACCACCCAGGCAACCAACAACGUAUCUGCCUCCGACCGCUUUGCUGCUUCUAACUUCGGGAAAGAGCGAUUCGUGAAGCUCCUGGAUCAGCUGCACAACUCCCUGAGGAUUGACCUGUCCAUGUACCGAAAUAACUUCCCAGCCAGCAGUCCUGAGAGGCUCCAGGACCUCAAGUCCACAGUGGACCUGCUCACCAGUAUCACCUUUUUCAGGAUGAAGGUCCAAGAGCUUCAGUCUCCACCCAGAGCCAGUCAGGUUGUGAAGGACUGUGUCAAAGCCUGCCUGAACUCCACCUACGAGUACAUCUUUAACAACUGCCAUGAGCUCUACAGCCGCGAGUAUCAGACGGACCCGGCCAAGCAGGGAGCUGUGCCUCCAGAGGAGCAGGGACCCAGCAUCAAGAAUCUGGACUUUUGGUCCAAACUCAUCACACUCAUCGUCUCCAUUAUCGAGGAGGAUAAAAACUCCUAUACCCCCUGCCUGAACCAAUUCCCCCAGGAGCUCAACGUGGGUAAAAUCAGCGCUGAAGUGAUGUGGAACAUGUUUGCUCAGGAUAUGAAGUAUGCGAUGGAGGAACACGAGAAGAAUCGCCUGUGCAAGAGCGCAGACUACAUGAACCUGCACUUCAAAGUCAAGUGGCUGUACAACGAGUACUGCAAAGACCUGCCCUUCUUCAAGAGCAGAGUGCCCGAAUACCCCGCCUGGUUCGAGCCCUUCGUCAUCCAGUGGCUGGACGAGAACGAGGAGGUGUCUCGGGACUUUCUGCACGGUGCUUUGGAGAGAGACAAAAAAGACGGGUUCCAAGUCACAUCCGAGCACGCUCUGUUCUCGUGUUCGGUGGUGGACGUGUUUUCUCAGCUCAACCAGAGCUUUGAGAUCAUCAGGAAGCUAGAAUGUCCGGAUCCGCAGAUUGUAGGACACUACAUGAAGCGAUUUGCCAAGACCAUCAGUAACGUCCUCCUGUCCUACGCUGACAUCAUCUCCAAGCUGUUUGCCAACUAUGUAACCAUGGAGAAAGUGCCCUGCAUCCUCAUAAACAACAUCCAGCAGCUGAGAGUUCAGCUGGAGAAGAUGUUCGAAGCCAUGGGCGGAAAGGAUCUGUGCGUGGAGGCCAGCGACAUCCUGAAGGACCUGCAGGUGAAGCUCAACAACGUCAUGGACGACCUCAGCAGGGUGUUCGCCGUCAGUUUCCAGCCUCACAUCGAGGAGAAUGUGAAGCAGAUGGGGGACAUCUUGGCGCAGGUGAAGGGAACCUCUAACGUGGGCAACGCCAGCAGCGUGGCCCAGGACGCCGACAACGUGCUGCAGCCCAUCAUGGAGUUUCUAGACAGCAACCUGAGUCUUUUUGCUAAGAUCUGUGAGAAGACUGUGCUGAAGCGUGUGCUAAAGGAGCUGUGGAAGCUGGUGAUGAACACCAUGGAGAAGACCAUCGUGCUGCCGCCGCUCACGGACCAAACGGGGAGGCUGAAGAGUGCUUCUCACAGUGAUGGCACUCAGCUCAUCUUUAACGCUGCCAAAGAGCUGGGGCAGCUGUCCAAGCUGAAGGAGCACAUGGUGCGUGAGGAGGCCAAGGCGCUCACACCCAAGCAGUGCGCGGUGAUAGAGCUCGCUCUGGACACCAUCAAGCAAUACUUCCACGCCGGUGGUGUGGGCCUGAAGAAGACCUUCCUGGAGAAGAGUCCUGACCUCCAGUCUCUGCACUACGCCUUGUCCCUCUACACACAGGCCACCGACAAACUCAUUAAAACCUUUGUCCAGUCACAGAACUCACAAGUGUUCGGCGGGAAGGGGGUGAGAUUCACCUCUAGUGAGGAUGUUUACCCAGACAAGGGCUCCGGAGUGGACGACGCCGUGGGAGAGGUUUCCAUCCACGUGGAGAUCUUCACACACCCCAACACCGGGGAGCACAAGGUCACAGUGAAAGUGGUGGCUGCCAACGACCUGAGGUGGCAGACGCAGGGCAUAUUCCGGCCGUUCGUGGAGGUCUACAUCAUCGGGCCUCACCUCAGCGACAAGAAGAGGAAGUACGCCACCAAGUCCAAGAACAACAGCUGGGCCCCGAAGUACAACGAGACCUUCAGCUUCACCUUGAGCAACGAGGGGGGCCCGGAGUGCUACGAGCUGCAGGUGUGCGUGAAGGACUACUGCUUCGCGCGGGAGGACCGCACCGUGGGCAUGGCCGUGCUGCAGCUGCGGGACGUGGCCUCCAAAGGCAGCGUGGCCUGCUGGCUGCCGCUGGGCAAGCGCAUCCACAUGGACGAGACGGGCCUCACCGUGCUGCGCAUCCUGUCGCAGCGCAACAACGACGACGUGGCCAAGGAGUUCGUCAAGCUCAAGUCGGACCAGCGCUCGGCGGAGGAGGGCCGCAGCUAAGGCGCCGGCCCGAUGAUCCGGUGUCGUGAGAGCACAGUCGGCGCACGUUCAGAGCUGUAAAUACGUUCAACUUAGUGGAAAAGAUGAGACGCUAAGCAAAGCAUCACCUUAGGUUUCUUUAAAAAAAAGCAAAUCACUAGUGUCUUUACUGUUGCAGAUUAUAUCCACCUACUUCUAAAGAACAAUGCAUCCUAGUAGAGUUUAAUCAUAGUGUGUGUAUCAGCUCUCCUCUGGUCAGAGGUGAGUGCUGCCAUUCCCACACUAACACACACCUCAUUGAUCUGGUCAAGGGGAGUCCAAGUAUCUCGUAGCCUUUAAUACUUUGGCUUUCUUUGCCUUUACCUUCACCCAGCCUUCCCCCUUCCCCUCUUUCUGGUUCCCUGGCCUGCAUCCGCUCAGAGAAGCGACCGCUAGUGCCAACUAUUAAUUGCUGAAAUAUAUGAAGGACCAACUGUACCACUGACCACGACCAACAACGGCUGCUCAGCCUCAAACAUUCCAGAUAUCAGGGUGUGGAACAGAUACCGGGAAGGAAGCACUAUUUAGUUACCAUCAUUUGAAUAUUUAUUUACUGACCUCUUCCAAAUUAUAUUUAUAUUUGGAUAAUUCUAUAGUAAAGUAUUAUAUAUAAAGGACAUGUGUAAAGUUAUACAGGCGUAUUCAGACGUGUGGAAAGAUUGUCCUUGUCUGUCUCUAUGUACUUGGUAACAGAGCACACUGCCUGACACCCUCUAUGCCUUCUGUCUUGACCCUUGUACCGUGCGUCCGUCUCCUCUUUAGAGAGAAACCUGAUGAAAGCACGCCUUUAAGCACUGUGAUUCAUCAGCGUGUGUGUGAUUGUGUGUGUGUGUGUGUGUGUGUGUGUGUGUGUGUGUGUGUGUGUGUGUGUGUGUGUGUGAUCUGCAUUUGAGCAGACGCGAGCGUGUUUGUUCGUACGUUGUCCUCCUGUCGCCACCCGUGUUGCCUGUUACCUGCGAGUGUAAUCACAGAAAGCCAUCACAAACAACAAAGCAUCACAGGGGGGAGUUCAUGUCCAGACUGUGGAGGAAGCGUCUCUGCUGUAGGGCGGUUCGAGCUCGUGUCUUCUUUGUGCGACUAGAACACAUUCCAUGGCUUUACAGAUCUAGACUAAGUGCACGACGGGAAGACUGAUUCCUUAAAAAUAAUUCAAAAGCUGCGUGCUGCAGGACGCCCCUGUUUGAAAAGCAUGGUCUGUGUGGGUUAAAUGUAAAGCCUUGAGCCCAGGGAGAGCAUGAACCACUACUACUAGUACGUGAACCCUAAUAAUUCAGCUGCAGGUGCUCCAACCCCUGAUACCAAGAAGUCAGACCUCUGCUAAAGGGCUGCAGAUCCAGACCUCACCCCAUCUGGAUCUGAUAUUUAAAAGAGGGCCUAUAGUUUAAUCAGUGGAGGGUAGAAGCAUUAGAAGCACAGGGUCUCGCACCCACAAUAACACAUUUAUAGCUCAUUCUGUUCAUCUGUGAAUUCUUGUUCAUGGAGACUAAUUACGCCUGCUUUCAAAACGUCCUGCAGCCGAAGGUGUGGGUUUCGCGCGAGGCUGCGCUGCUCGGCCCGACUCCUCACGCCGCGUCUGUUUGAGAACAAAAAACACAUGCUUGUCGCAAAUGAAAGCGCGUUGAGGCGAGGGAACGUUUCCUGACGGGAUCUUCAGCGCUUCAACAAAAGUCAAGGUUUGAUUGCGACCAAGCGGUCACUAGUGCAGGUCACCCCCCCUCAAAGCACUUGAUCAUGUAAGAAUCAUCUACCACGGUGUAAUGACUGAACUCUAUGCAUCUAACCUGUCAUUUCUGAAGCAGUCUUAUAAUGUUUACAUUGUGGGUUUAAUAUUCUAAUUAUAUCAGCACAAGUGUCUGUCUGAUAUGUUGUAAAUGCUGUCUCUCUUCUCGUAAUGGGCCAAAUAUUGCAGCUGUAAUCGAGCUGAUCAGUGACUGAACUUUGUCUGUGCUGCUUUUUAGCACAGGGAAAAAUAAUCUGGAACAGAAACAUCUGUUGGUGCCGUGAUGUCGUUGUAAAUAGCUCGAAUGGAACAAACGUGUUAGAGUACGUGCUGAGUGACGUUUGCUGCUCUUUUUUUUUUUUUGGGCGGUUGGGCCUUAAGCAUGAGUGGGGGCCCGAACUGGAGAUGUAGCUAUUGUUGAUACAGAUGUGGGCGGACACAGGAAGGCCAUGUUCACACCAGAGAUUAACGACACGUUGAUGGGCUCCAUUUAGUGCCUGUUCUCACAUGCGAACAGGGUCUUUUAUUUUGGAGGACUUCAGCACAGUAUUUUAUUAUCUUUAAAUAACAGAUACAACAGCUGGAAAAGCCACGAAACAAAUCUCUCUGUGCUGGUGACGGCGAUGCUUGGGCUGAGGAAGUUCCUCCCUGCCUGCGUACCGGGCACCGGGCCGGCACGAGAGACAGGAAUGCACACGGGAGCUAAAGGACAAACGGGGGAAGCACAAUAAAAAGCACAGGAACACAAAGCGGACAGAUGUGCAUGAUCUGUCCAGCUGUCAGGCCACACAGUCAGACACCUGCACAGCGACGCUGGUCCUGUACUUCCAGUAAUGGUGCAUGAUAGGAACAAAACAAAAAAAAGUAUUGUGCCAGCACGCAUAAUUAUUUGAUGUUAAUUGCCAAUUGUUGUCUACUUAAUUUUGAUAUUUCAUUAUUUUCUAUUUUUCAAAUGGUUGUGAAUAUAUAAAUAUGUAUUACUGAUGAUGUGUAGUGGUACAAAGUACUCGCAUGAGAAUUUUUUUAUACACAAGAUGUUUCUAAUUUUUUUUUUUUUAUUAUGAUUGUUCUUAUUGGGGGCUGAGGUUAGUGGGACUGCAGUCUCAUCAAUGUGUUUCUGCUUCCAAUAAAAUGAAGAAGAAAAAGA